CAGAUCUGGUCUUGGCUUCCCUGAAGUCGCGCCCGUCCCAUUGUCAUUUCACCAUCUCCAUAUAAAUCUCCCCUCUUCUCCGCCGUCGGUUUCAUUUUACAUUCACUUCUUUCUCCCUUCAUCUCUGCGACCUUCUGUUAUCUGAUUCUUCCAUCGCUCUCAACAAUGUCGCCCGCAGAGAAGGAGAGAGAGACUUACGUUUACAUGGCCAAGCUUUCCGAGCAAGCUGAACGAUACGAAGAAAUGGUUGAGUGCAUGAAAAAGGUUGCAAAACUUGAUUGUGAGCUGACUGUGGAGGAGAGAAACCUCCUCUCUGUUGGGUACAAAAAUGUAAUUGGCGCUAGACGUGCUUCCUGGCGCAUCAUGUCUUCAAUUGAGCAGAAGGAAGAGUCCAAGGGAAAUGAGCAGAAUGUCAAACUCAUAAAGGGUUAUCGCCAGAAGGUGGAAGAGGAGCUCUCCAAAAUUUGCAGUGACAUUUUGGAUAUCAUAGACAAGCAUCUCAUCCCCUACUCUGCCUCUGGAGAAGCAACAGUCUUCUACUACAAGAUGAAAGGUGAUUAUUAUCGGUAUCUGGCUGAGUUCAAGACUGACCAGGAAAGGAAAGAGACAGCUGAGCAGUCAUUGAAGGCCUAUGAGGCUGCUUCUGCCACUGCAAGCACAGAACUCCCCUCAACCCACCCCAUUCGCCUUGGCCUUGCCCUUAACUUUUCCGUAUUCUAUUAUGAGAUAAUGAAUUCUCCUGAGAGGGCUUGCCAUUUGGCAAAACAAGCUUUUGAUGAGGCAAUUGCAGAGUUGGACACCUUGAGUGAGGAGUCAUACAAGGAUAGUACCCUAAUUAUGCAGCUCUUGAGAGACAAUCUUACUCUGUGGACUUCUGAUUUGCCUGAAGAUGGAGGUGAAGAAAAUGCCAAAGGUGAAGAUUCCAAACCUGCUACUGCUGGAGCUGAGGAUUAAUGGAGAAUCUGGGGACUGCGUACAUGGCAAUUCAACGUUAGAGUGUAUUUCAGAGACUUGACUCUUUCCAGCUUUUCUUACAAGCGGAUUGGAUCAAACAAUGUAGCUUUUUCUUUUACAAUGUUGUUCAUCUAUUAACCUUAUCAUUGUAGCCUCUUCUUGCUUUUACUUUUAUGUUCUUUCAUGUAAUCUGCAUAUUCAAAUGGUUGGAAAUAUAUAUUUUCUGCUUCA